AUGGAGGCACAUACUCACGAGAUCACGGAAGUACCAGAAGCGGCCAGAGUCAUCACCAUGGCUCUCUCUAUGAUAACGAUCAGCGUGCUCGCCAUCUGCCUCACUCGUCGGAUACAGUUUAUUCAAAGUUGGAAAAACAUCUCGAUGACGAAUGCCCCUGUGCUGUCCAAAGCAUAUUCAUUGAACCAAUCUGCUAGUAUUUGCGAUGGAGCGAUUCUGCUGUGUCUGCUUUGCUACAUGACUACCAAGAUUCUGAUCUACUACUUCUUGGUUGAGAAAGUUCACAUCAUUCGAACCACAAACACUUCGAGAGUGAAGAGCAAGCUAUGGUUGUUCAACUUUNUUGGCGUCAUCUGCCCCUACGUCGUUUUGGUCGUCCUCAACUUCGUCNUUAGAGGUGUCUGCGUCAUUGGCAUGAAGAGACGUGCUUUGGUACCACUUAUAACGUUUGACGUCGUCCUUAACGUCUACUUGACAUCGCUUUUCUUGCAUCCCCUGCGAAGUGAGUAUAAGAGAAUUAGCAGGCCUCGAUUCACCUUUGCUUAUUCGAAAUUCCAGNAAUGCUACUCGUUCAAGCAAGGAACGGACUCCGCAAUGCGAACAUUGGUCAUUCGAACCUUUGUGGGAUCUUGUGCUACUCUAUUAAUGAGUGUUGUCAACUUGUCGGUCCUCACGAUCCUAGAUGGAGAACCUGGAUACAUCUGUCUGUGCCUGUGCAACCUCGACACAAUUGACAAGGACCGGACCAUAACUUCCAGAUCUUCAAAGUCCAAGCAGGUCUCUGGAUCUAUGGGUGGGUUGAACAGCACGAAUGGCGGCAACGCAGACGACUUUAUGGAGUUGGACGAGAGAUAUGUCGCCAAACUGACCACCGUCAUCGAGGCCAACAGAGAAAGCCCUGAUGUGGAUAUGCUGAAUUCACGUGCGAUCGGAAUAAAGACUCAGCAUGUGCGUGAAGUAGAGAUGGAGCCUUACAAUAUCGACUGCGAGAGCGCCAAUUGGAGAGAGAGUCAGGAGAGGAUAGUCAAGCCUGAGAGCAUCUAG